AUGCCCGCCCGCUACAUCGUGCCCGUCGACCCUGCCCAUGGCCGCGGGGAAACAGUCGUCAUCGAGGUGCAGCAGGAGGGCAGCCAUGCCCUGGACGUCCGCCUCGUGGGCUGCGAGAGCGAACGCCCAUAUGUCACGUCGAUUCGCCACCGCAAUAUCGCGGCCCUCAGGCAUAAGUUCAAGGGCUCCGACGACGAGUGGGCGGCCAUCUUGUCUCAUUUCCUGCUGCAGCAACCGCCAGAGGGCGCCCAGGCCGCCCUCUUGCGCGGCGUCCGCAUGCUCUACACGCUGAAAAACGGCCGACUGGGGCUAUUGUUCCGCCAGGACAUUCACGCCAUAAAGAUGACCUUGGGCGAGAUUGUGCUGCCGCAGAAUGAUGAAUUUGAGUUUAACCCGUUCGAAUGGGCACAGGCCUCGGCCAUUGCCCACGCCCACACACUGCAGCAAAUGGCCGACCUCAAGGCCCGAGUAAGCAGCGAGCAAGAGGCAACUGCAAAGCUAAAUGCACAGCUCGACGACCUGGUCCAGACCAAGCGCGAGGCGGAGACGGCCAUGCUGCGGCAGUUUAUGCUGCUGUUGAACGAGAAGAAGAGAAAGAUGCGCGACCAGAGUCGCCUGCUGGUCAGUGCCGGCGUGGACCAAGCCACAGCCACGGCUGUGCAGGCAACAAGGGCAGAGGCCGGGGGGCGCCAAGCACGCGACUCUCGAGUCUGCAAGCGCAAAGCUUAUGGGCAAGCAGCAGGGAGGGAUCGCGUGCGAGCAUGGGCGUCAGACAACGACCCGAUGGACAUGGACCCGGCGAGCAUGGAAGAAUCAGCACCAGAAGAAUCGGAUGAUGAAACAGAUCAAGAGAGCGGUUCUGCGCCACAGUCACGAAUGGCAUCGGCUGAAACGCCCGCGUUGGAUGCUGGCCUUGUGGGCAGUCGUGGCCGCACAGCCAAAGGCGCAGAGGCCAAGGGCGUGCCGCCGCCACGGGUGCUGGCCUUCAGCAAAAGGGCCAUGGCGACGCGCAGCAGCAACGUCGCAGAAGAUGCACGCAGCGAGGAUGAUGAUACAGACGACGAGGAGCUGUGA